AUGCUUCAAAUUUUGGCAUUUCUACUCUCUCUGUCGGUGUCCAGUCUGCACGGUGAACUGCUGCAGGUCACUGGCGGCGACAAAUGCUCGUCCAAUGAUUAUACGGUGGGCUACGGGUAUAAGGUUUGGUACAACGCCACUGAAAUUCCCACAGCGGAUGGCACAGUGGAGUUGAAGUUUUACGUGCAAGCGGAAAGUGAUGCGCACGUCAUGUUGGCCAGAGAACCGGCGUUGCCCGGAUACGAAAUCGUUCUCGGAGGCGGGUCCAACACGUUUGGAGAUAUACGUAAAUUCGACGGGAAGUUCACGUCGAUGGCCACCGUAGGCCCGAAGAAAUUCCUUGACCCGGCAGACCCCGUCGGCUUUUUGGUGCGCGCGUCCAAGCAGUCCGGUCUGAUCGAGGUCUUUAGAAAUGACGAGAACUUGCCGAUCAUUUUUUGGAAGGACCCGGAGCCGAUACCGGUCAAUUAUUAUAGCUUCAGCUCGUGGGGCCCGGUUGUCGGCAAAUGGAUGUUCAGGUGCAAGCCCGACCCGCUAGUGAAGCCGAAGAUGCCGCCGGAUGCGAGAGAGAGAAUCGAUUAUACCAAGAAAUUCUAUACACACAUGGAACAACUCAGGAGAGAAGUAGUGAAAAAGCGCGGUCUGUACGGAGGUGACCCGACGACGGACUCGAAGCAAGUGUUAAACGUGGAGCUAACCAGUACAUUUAAGUUCAUUCAUCUGGACGUCAUGACUUCCACGCUCACACUUCAGGGUGUCUCCAAUUUCGAAUGGACGGACAACAGUAUCCAUUGGAAUCCUCAAGACUAUAAAAAUAUUUCCAAAUUACAUUUAUCGAACUACGAACUAUGGCAACCCGAACUCGUACUACACAAUGCAAUGGAUCCGGCUUCGAGCAUGUUUUACGGAUCGAAAGUGUCCGUGGACAACAACGGCAAUGUCACAUGGAGACCUAAAUUUGACAUUAGAACCAAAUGCAACAUCGACUUGACGUCGUGGCCGUGGGACAAACACAAGUGUAUCAUACUGUUGAGCACUUGGUCGCAUAAAAUAUCCAAUGUCUUCUACGAAGUCAAAGGCAGCCAAAAUAACGAAUGUUUUCAAGUGUCCCAUUCGGAUUGGAGAGUCGACAGGAUGACAGGCGCGUACGUGAAUGUCAGCACUCCGUGGGACGAUAUCGUGGCAGCCAUCAACGACGACGUCGACCGUAGUUUCGAAGACCCCCGCGCCCCCCCUCAACUUGCACUGGAAAUCGUGGUCGAAAUAUCUAGAAACACGAAGAUUUUCGAGAAACUGUUUUACGUCCCGUUAAUACUGAUCAGUUGUGUAUGGCUGUCGUCUUUCGGCGUAAUGCCCAAUUCCUCAUCAAAAAUCAUGACAAUUUGUGUGUCAAUUAUAACUUCAAUAUUGAUAAUUGCAUACAUGACCAAGUAUGUACCGAUUUUCGCUGAAUUUCCACCAGACUUGAUGCUCGGAUAUUUGAAACUUAUCCUGCUGAUAUCGAUGGACGCGUUCAUCUCGUCGCUGCUCAUAACGGUGCACAGUCGCAAAACGACAAUCGGCCAUCCUCCGUUCGAGUUAACUAGAUUCCUCACCACGCCCAUCGUGACGAAAAUUCUGGCCUUGCCAAAAUUGGAUUCGCCCCGGACCCUCGUCUGCAACCAGUUGGACCAAAGACCCGACGCAGGACACGAUACCACUACCACCCUAUGGGAUAUCGUCAUAGUGGCCUUCGAGCGAAUCAUAUUCAUAGUGUUUUUCGUGAUCACCGUGGCCGUAUUGCGGUCGGUCAAAAUUUCCUUUUCGGCUCUGUUUUGA